AUUAGCUUUCAUCUCUUGCUUCUGCGAUUGAAAAUUGGACUAACGCAUGAGUUUUGUUGUUUUAUAUUUCAAUUCGUUGGUUCCGCAAGCGAGCACCCCCUAGAUGCCAUUGUUUAAGUGAUUUUUUUGUUGCUUUGGAGUUUGACUGGAACUAGUUGAGUUGAUUUUUCUAAACAGUUGACCUAAAAUUAAACAAAGAAAUGACAGUUUGUGCCUUUUCUUUUUUUUGGGGGGGGGAGGGGGUGUUGGGAGUAAUGGCAUUUGCAGUUUGUUAAAAAGUCAAACAAGAUUGCCCACUUGGUAUUUAACAAUGAAAAAUAUAUAAGAUUGGUGAAACAGCUUUCUUUAACACCCCCCCCCCCCCCCCCCCCCCCCCCCUCCUCAUUUGUGCAUAGAAUAUGAAGCAAUUUAUGUUGGUAGCAGGUUGAAACCAUCAUUUGGACUUGCUGCUACUGAAUAAGAUAUAAAACAGUUAUGCUUAGUGAAUUGUGUAGUAUGUUCAAUUGUUCAUAUAGAUUUACAUUAGGUUUGACUAUUUGUCUAACAUAAUUAUAGAUUCUACAGUUAGAAAUGCAAUUUAUAUGUAAGAAAAGUGCAUCAUGAGAUUAGUUAAAGAUCUAAUUCUUGAUAAUUGGUAUUAAAACUGUUUCUCUUGCCCUCUGUGCUAUAUAGAUUUACGAAUAGGUAUUUUUGUUGAUGUGAUAGAUUUUUUUAGCUUAGAAAGAGACUCAGAUUCAUUAGAAGUCUUUUUGUUUUAAAUUCCUGAUUGAUUUUGCUUUUGAUUGCAAAUAAACUAAUCAGCUUCUUCAGGAGCCUUAUUGUUUUAGAUUCCUGAAGGUUCCCCCUUGUCAUUGCAGUGACUAAUGUUUUGUUUAUUGCCCAAGCCUUGGAAUAUCCUAAGAGAUCUGCAUUGUGCAUUCAAAGUGGUCCCAGAUCUUCAGAAAUGCACUGAUUCUUCUCAGAAAUAUGCAAUAUGGUAGUUGGAGUCAUGAGAUUUAAUAAGUGAAAGAUGGUGCUCUGAUCAUCUGAUGAUAGAGCAUAAAAGCACAUCUUUAUUAAAUGGUAGUGUAAUGGGUGAGGAGAAUCUGCCACAAGCAAUUAAGGCUGAAGAGAGUGAUGAAGGUUCAUCAUCCACUGAGAGUGAAGAUUCAGGGACUUCUCCAAUAUCACAUCAUGGUUUGGACAAUGAGGCAGGCUUGGCAACUUGUCGUGUAUGCCAUUGUGCUGAAUCUGAUAGAAGGGGGGAUGUUGUGCUGGGACUUUUGGGUAUCACUCCACCAUCACAGGAUACAACAAAAAGCAGUGAGCAUGUAAAACCUAACUGCAAAACAGUCUUGAAAGAUGUUAAAAGUGCUUGUAACAGAGGUGGCAAAAGAGCAUGUGAAGUUCUUGAGUUUGUCAGCCCUAAAGGGGAGGUUUUCAUUUGUAACACUGAUGUAGAGAUGGGUUUUAGUCACCGUCGGGACACAUUAAUUGAGCUAGGUUGCUCCUGUAAAAGUGAUCUUGCUCUAGUACACUAUGCAUGUGCACUAAAGUGGUUUGUGAACCAUGGAUCCACCAUCUGUGAAAUUUGUGGAUGUGUUGCAAAAAACAUCAGAACUUCAGAUUUCAAAAAGAUAGUAGUUUUAUUGAAGGAUUAUGAAAUGCUGAGGGAAAGGACUGCCAAUGGGGAGCCUAAUCCUACGGUGGUGCAGACUUCAGGUGUGGACCCUGAUGCUGUUGCUGCUAUCCGAAGGCAAAGGCUAAGUGAGAUUUCACUCUGGUUUAAUCUACAUAAUAAUAGCCAGACUGUCGCAACUUCACUGCUUGUCGAUGAACAAGCCCCUAACAUUGUCUCUGAAAGAAUUGUCCCUGCUGAAAAUCCUGCAACAAAAUGGGCCGUGGAGGGUACUGGGAUCCUGCUUGCUACAGGGCUUCUUACUGUCACUCUUGCAUGGCUGAUAGCUCCUCAUGUUGGAAAGAAAACUGCCAAAAGUGGUCUUCACAUUCUUCUUGGAGGCAUUUGUGCUUUAACUGUUGUUGUCUUCUUUCGAUUCAUUGUACUAACAAGAAUCAAGUAUGGACCUGCCCGCUACUGGGCCAUCUUAUUUGUGUUCUGGUUUCUUGUGUUUGGCAUAUGGGCUUCAAGGACACAUGGCGCUCAUACCACUUGAAUGUUAGGUGCCUUUUCUUGUUAUUUCAAGUCAUUUUAUCACCCUUAUAACCACAUUUCUUCCCUGCAUUAUAAUUUGCUAUCUCUGCCCUCUUCGCCAUUUUAUCCCUGUUAUAAUGAAUAUUUGGUCUAGACUCUCUGGGAAGGUUUGAGACUCUCUUUGGGAAGGUUCGGUUUCAAGUUAUAGUGAAGGCUAUUAUAAUCUUUUACCAUUAAGUCGAUCUUGGGUUGAGUUCA